UACAGUUACGGAUGUGCGUCACUCACACGUGCAAGUUUGUCAUUGCGUUGGCUUGAAGGAGAGAGCCGUGAAGAUGCUGAGUUCGCAAUUCUAUCCGGAUGAUGACUUCGAUUUGGACGAUGGCUUGGAUUUUGGUCAAUUUGAAUACAACAAUCAACCUUUCCAGCGACUGUCACACCAUGACAGCAGACACCACACCGAUAACUACCAAAGAAACGAUGGGCAUUUUGCCCGAGAUCAACUGAACAGAGGAAGUUUCUACCACCAAGACAACACUUACGCAGCACAAUAUAAUGAAAAUAUUGUGAUGAAACCUCGUCCUGAGUACUAUGAUAUUCCUUUUGAAACUAGAGACCGUUUUGAUAACAGGAAUUCUUACAGAGAAACAGACUGGUCCGCACAUAGAUUCCGUGAAAGUAGACCAGCGCAAAGCUCGGGGCUAAUGGAGGGCAACUACAGAAAACCGCAUAGCGACCAUUUCAGGCGAGAACCCAAGAGGAGGUCCUGGCGUGACUCCGGCUUCGAUGACUUCGAAACAAGGAGCUACAGACCUCCGACAGCAGCGACCUCUCGAAGUACUCACGGAAGAUCAGGACGUAAACACGGAGUGCCCAAGAAAGAAAAACAUCGAAGGUUUCCGUCUCCUGACGCCAAAACCCCGGUCAUCCCUCUUCCAGAUUACGACGGUGCGGAUACCGGAGCGAACUAUGUUCCAGAGCCGGACUACUAGAGUUGUAGUCGGAAUCGCAGCCGUUGGCUUGUUGCAACAAGGCUUUCUACAAAUACAAAUAAAUAAUUCGUGUAAUUGUGCCGUACAGCAGUAUUAGUAAUUGAAAUGUUUAGCAGUUACGUUGUCUAAGUUUUUUUUUUCUAGGUGCAGCCGUGGCUACAGAUUCAUUACACCCUAUUUGUAACGACUUUUCAAUCCACAACCAAUCAAAUGUAUAUAGAAUAAAAAUAAUGUGAGUGACGAUGAAAAUAUAAUGUCGUGCUUCAUGUCCAAGUAUCUUCCGCUUCGGCAAUUUUACUGAAAGACGAAGAAAUUGUUAUUUUUUGUUUACUUCCAAGAACGAAACCGAGUGACAUCAUGACAUGGAAUAUACAACGAAACGCGAAACGUUCUAUUUUCAUUAGUAGCAUUAUGACGAAUUACACAAGCUGUUUUUUUAGGAUACUUAAGGUAAUAAAUAUAAUUAACCUGUCGA